AUUAGUUUAAAGAAAUGGUAAGCCACAGUUGGUGGACUAGAUUUUAAUUUUAUCAUAUCAUUCCCAUCCUUUUCAAACUCCACAUUACCUAAACUAAUCCCAGUUUUAUCACUUUCAUCAUUUUCCAUUAACUAACCCUCAAAAACGCAGACACGCACAGCACAAUGCCUCUCCAUUAACUCGCCAUUAUCAUCAAACCCUACCCACCACCAAAUCCAGCCAUGAAUCCCCGUUUCCCUCUCCUCUGUCUGCUGCUACUCCCUCUUCUCUUCUCCAACUCCGCCGCCGAGGAUGACGUCAGGUGCCUGCGCGAGGUCAGGAGCUCGUUGACCGACCCCACCGAUAAACUCAGCUCCUGGAACUUCGCCAACAGCUCCGUCGGCUUCAUAUGCCGAUUCGUCGGCGUCUCGUGCUGGAACGACCGCGAGAACCGCCUCAUCAGCCUCGAGCUCCGCGAUUUCGCCCUCGCCGGAGGCAUCCCCUCCUCCCUGCAGUUCUGCCAGAGUCUCCAAACCCUCGAUCUCUCCGGCAACUCCCUCUCCGGUCCGAUCCCUCCGGAAAUAUGCAAGUGGCUGCCGUAUCUCACGACUCUCGACCUCUCGCGGAACGCUUUGACCGGUCAAAUUCCGGAAGAUCUCGCCAACUGCUCCUACUUGAACACUCUGAUUUUGGAUGAUAACAAGCUUUCCGGCGGCAUUCCCUACACAUUCUCGAAUCUGCAGCGAUUGAAGAAGUUCUCCGUCGCGAAUAACGAUCUCUCGGGGAGGCUGCCCUCGUUUAAUUACGGUGGAUUGGAGCUCGAUUUCGGCGGCAAUAGCGGCCUCUGCGGCGGUCCGGCGGGGAAAUGCAGUGGUCUGAGUAAGAAGAGCCUGGCGAUUAUCAUUGCGGCGGGUGUUUUCGGCGCCGCUGCCUCGUUGCUGCUAGGGUUCGGCCUGUGGUGGUGGUACUUCGCGGGAUCGGGGAAGAGGCGAAAGAGGGGCUACGGGAUCGGAGGGAGAGACGAUGGCGGUGGCAGUAGCUGGGCUGAGAGAUUGAGAGCUCAUAAGCUCACACAGGUGAUGCUGUUCCAGAAGCCUUUGGUGAAGGUGAAGCUGGCGGAUUUGUUGACAUCGACGAACAAUUUCAGCCAGGAGAACGUGAUCGUGUCGAGCAGGACUGGGACAACGUACAAGGCUGUAUUGCCGGAUGGAUCAGCGCUGGCUAUCAAGCGGCUGAGCUCGUGUAAGAUCGGGGAGAAGCAGUUUAGGAUGGAGAUGAAUAGGUUGGGGCAGUUGAGGCACCCAAAUUUGGUGCCAUUGUUGGGCUUCUGCUUGGUGGAGGAAGAGAAGCUCUUGGUUUACAAGCAUUUGUCGAAUGGGACUCUUGGUUCUACCUUGGUUGGCAGCUCCAGCGCCUUAGAUUGGCCGACUAGGUUUAGGAUUGCAUUGGGAGCUGCAAGAGGGCUUGCUUGGCUUCACCAUGGCUGCCACCCUCCAAUCUUGCACCAGAAUAUUAGCUCGAAUGUGGUUCUGCUUGAUGAGGAUUUUGAUGCUAGAAUCAUGGACUUCGGUUUGGCUAGGCUCAUGGAGUCAAACGAGUCUAGUUUUGCAUAUGGGGAUUUGGGUGAGGUUGGGUAUGUUGCUCCGGAGUACUCAACCACGGCGGUUGCUUCUCUCAAAGGGGAUGUUUAUAGCUUCGGGGUCGUGCUUCUCGAGCUCACAACUGGUCUGAAACCUCUUGAUGUUAGCACUGCUGAUGAAUUGUUUAAGGGUAAUCUGGUGGACUGGGUGAGCCAGCUCUGUGGCGCAGGUAGGAUUAAAGAUUGCAUCGACACACAGCUGCGUGGGAAGGGCAACGAUGAGGACAUUGUCAAGUUCUUGAAAAUCGCUUGUUGUUGUGUGGUUUCUCGGUCCAAAGAUCGGUGGUCGAUGUAUCAGGUUUAUGAAUCCCUCAAGGGAAUGGCCGAGGAGCACGGUUUCUCGGAGCAGUACGAUGAGUUUCCUCUGUUGUUUGGGAAACAAGAGCCCGCUGCCGCGAGUCCCAUUUGAGUCGAGCAGGAUUUGUGGGCUGAAGAGAUCCUUGGACAUACAUGUUUCUGCAGUGAGUUGUAGCAAAGCAAAUUGUGUGAUCAACUGCAUGCGGCAUUUUCCGUAAGAUAACUCACUUGCAUAGUUGAGAUGUUGUGUUUGUUUGUUUGAGAUUUGUUGUAUGAAAAAGCUAUUUCCUAAAAUAUUGGUUUCAAGAUUUGAAUGAAAGCGGAAAAUUGUUUA